AACUUUAAAAACGGGCGCAAGCUCUCCUUCUGUCGGCUUGGAACACGCCCGCAACAAAGACAUCGGCCGGUCGCUUCGAGUGUCUAUCGGCUUCUCCGCGCGCCAGCCUUCACCACCUUUGUCGCAAAACUCGCCGCCGUCCUUUGUUCGCGGCCCUUGAUGUCAGGUCCCCAUGCGCCUCUUUAGCAAGUUCCACGCCGUCUGCGCCUUGGCGAUAUGCAGCAUCCUGCUUUCUGCCUCAUUCCUCGCCUCUCAGCACUAUUAUCGUCGGGUCGUUGCCGAUGAGCCAUCGAUCAAGCUUCGCCCGGCAGCGUCAUUUGACCGACGCCUAGUUGUCUUUGGGGAUUCUUGGAGCGACGAUAAUGCCGCUGAGAUCCAAGGGUCCGUUUGGACCGAAUGGCUGUGCUCCUCGUUUUCAUGUCACCAUGAGAACCUGGCCGAGACCGCCAAGUCUUACAGUGGAAAUUACUUUGGCUCGGUCGUGGAUAACUCACAGCUAUCGGGCUCUUUACUCAACCUAUACAAGUCUCCCCUGGCUGACCUGAAAGCUCAGGUCAGCAAUUGGUUGGCAGCCGAGACAGAAGUCAUGCAGGCGAUGAACGCAGAAGCGAUCGGCACCCGUCAAAACCGGACGAUUGUCAUCCUUUCCUUUGGCGUGUGGGACCUGUGGAAUGUUGUGGGCAAGACAUACAAAGAAGCGACCCAAUCGAUCGACAUUACGCUGGACGUGAUCAUGGAUCAGCUCAAUCUGCUGGCGGAGCUCUGGGGUCACAACGAUUUGAAACUUAUCCUGACUUUGGCCCCGGAUGUGACCUUCUUGCCUGCAUUCCGAGUCCAGGCCGAACAACACCAGGCGAAACAGAAAGACGCUAUUAGCAUGUCCGACUACUGGAACCAACACCUGCGACAAAGAGCGGAUGGCUGGGGCAAUGGCACGAUCUAUCUGUUCGAUACGAACGCUUUCCUAGCCGACCAGAUCCGCGACUGGCAGCUCUUCGUUGCUGGGAUUGAGGAGACCAAUGGAUUGGGUAAGAACGAGGACCCCGGCUGGGAAAACGUAGAAGACGCAUGCGUCCAGAGCAGCCAGCAAUGGAUGGUGACAUCAGAGACGAAGAAGUGUGACCGUCCGGAGAAGUUUUUAUUUUGGAACGAGAUGCAUUUGGGACCGUCCGCGCACCGACUUUUGGGCAUGGAAGUCUUUCACGGGAUCCAGGAGAUGUGGCUCCGGUAAAGUUCUUUACACGAACAAAAAGUAAAGAAACCCACAUCAGACACAAAUGAAAAAAGAAAAAGACAGACAAAGAAAUGUUUCAACUUUCCUUUGAUGGGAUCCUGGCCAUGCCACUUAGUCGUAAUUCGCUCUGCAGGGAGCGAUGACCUGUAGAGGAUGACUGGUACCCACUGGCCUGUUCCCGAAACUAUCAAACGCUGACGGAACAGGCGACCAAAAGGCCUUGGGCGCAGCUCUCUGUCGGGCCUGCACACGGUCGCAAUUCAGGCGAUGCUGGAGUGAGACUUGAGACCUGUGGCGUCACCAGUGGAAGGUACCGGAUAUCAUUACUAGCAUCCGGUUGAGAUAGCAGCUGAG